GCAGAUUUUCCAGGGAAAGUAGAAAACCAAAAAAAAGGGAACUGAAAAUCGAGAGAGAAAGAAAAGUGGAUCGAGUCACAGUCUACUAUGCGAGACGAUGGAACCAAGGCCGAGUCCGCUAUUUUCCUUCUCUGAUUCUGCAGCCCUUAAUCUUCCUCUCCCAAUUCCACUGGAGCUAAAUCUAUCGAAAUACCCAAUGUUCUAACUCCCUAUCUUUCUCGACUCCAGAUUUUCUUACAUUACAAUGCCAGGCGUCGAUGUUUGGCUCGAAAAUUCACUUCGGAACGAACAAUUUGAAUCUUCUUUUUCAACUAAUUCGCGCUCCAAUUUGAGCUCAUACACUUCCGGUGGCUUAUUUCUCGAGCCCACCGUUUCCUCAUCGCUUGUUCAUUUGAUUUCUUCAAUUGGCAUUUCGAGUUCGGUUUCUACUCCGGAAAGAGAGGUUUGUGGAGUUCACAGGCGAGGAAAAAGAGUUAAGGUGGCAGUUGGCGGUCUCUUUUCGUCAAUAAGCCUGAGAGGCGAUAAUAUUGUACAGAAGCCAAAGGUGCUUUUGGUGGAAAAUGGAGAGGGCAAGAGCUCUGAAGAGCUUCCACUGGUUGGUACUGCAAUUGUUGGGGUAAAGGAUAAACGAAAGGUUAGGGUACGGGGAAGGGGAGGAGGCGCAAUGAACACAACUAAGCAUUUGUGGGCUGGAGCUGUUGCUGCCAUGGUUUCAAGAACUUGUGUUGCCCCACUCGAGAGGCUAAAGCUGGAAUACAUAGUUCGUGGUGAACAGAAGAAUCUAUUUGAGCUCAUCAGGAAAAUUUCAGGAACUCAAGGGUUGAAAGGUUUUUGGAAGGGGAACUUCGUCAACAUUCUUCGAACCGCUCCUUUUAAAGCAGUCAAUUUCUGUGCUUAUGACACGUAUAGGAAGCAAUUGCUUAGACUGUCCGGAAAUGAGGAAACUACAAACUCUGAGAGGUUUAUUGCUGGUGCUGCAGCUGGCAUGACGGCUACUGUACUCUGCUUACCGCUUGACACUAUAAGGACAAUGAUGGUGGCACCUGGUGGGGAGGCAUUAGGUGGUGUGAUCAGUACUUUUCGCCAUAUGAUCCAAACACAAGGAUUCUUGUCUCUUUACAAGGGUUUAGUGCCGUCUAUUUUAAGCAUGGCACCUUCAGGUGCUGUUUUCUAUGGUGUCUAUGACAUAUUGAAAUCAGCUUAUCUACACUCACCGGAAGGCAGAAAAAGAAUACGGAAGAUGAAUCAACAGGAUCAGGAAUUGAAUGCUUUGGAGCAGUUGGAGUUGGGACCAGUUAGGACAUUAUUGUAUGGGGCUUUUGCUGGUGCUUGUGCAGAAGUUGCUACAUACCCAUUUGAAGUUGUGCGUAGACAGCUUCAAUUGCAGGUCAGGGCAACGAAAAUGAGUGCUCUAGCUACCUGUGUGAGAGUCGUGGAGCAAGGAGGCAUAUCAGCUCUUUAUGUUGGCCUCAUUCCCAGCUUACUGCAGGUACUUCCAUCGGCAUCCAUAAGUUACUUUGUUUAUGAGUGCAUGAAGAUUGUUCUCAAAGUGGAAUGAACGGAAGACUCUGGAUCCUACAGUGAAUAACGGUAGGACUUUUCUGUUACUUAGAAAGGAGCAUAGGAUGUAGAUUCAGAACGGUAAGAACUAGUCAUUCACAGUUGGGAUUACCUUAAAUAUUCCCGACUUAUUCUUGUACCUCAAAGGAGGAAAUGCACAAUUUUUCCAGCGGAUGGUAAUUAGUCAUUUACAGGUGGCUGUUCCCCAUUAACGUUACUGGCUUAUUUUUGUACUUCAUAAAGCAUAAAUGCAUACUUUUGUUCACAUA